UAUCCCAAAUCAUUCCUCUCUCUAUCUUUUGAUCAAAGAAAAAAAAAAUCUCUUUAUUCUCAAUCUAGCAUCCAUGGCAACCACAUCGCCAUCUGCAUUGCAUCAUCAGUUUCUCGAAAGCCCUCACGAGAACGGCACAAACGAUGUUGAAACUGAAAUAGCUUAUGUGGAAGAAUCGCUUCCAAAUCUUUCUUCAUUCAUGGAGAACAAAGAAGAGAACAAUGAGGAAGAUCAAAAGUCCACAACCAACAAGAGGUAUAUGCCUCUUUUACUUAUUAACUACAUUCUACUUUUUGUUGGCUCAUUCUCUGCAAGUUUGCUGUCAAAAUUUUACUUUAUCCACAAAGGUGCUAACAAAUGGGUCUCUACAUGGAUUCAGAGUGUUGGUUUUCCUAUCCUACUCUUUCCCAUUUUUCUCCCAGUUCUCCUUAAAUACACAAAAAGAAAACCUUUCGAAGGUUUCAGCAAAAAGAUGUUAUUGUUUUCGGUUUUGGUCGGUAUCAUGUUAGGGUUUAACAACCUUUUAAUCUCAUGGGGUGUGGCAUACCUUCCUGUUUCAACCUCAGCACUUCUUUUGUCCUCCCAGUUAGUUUUCACUCUUAUUCUGUCUUCCCUGAUUGUGAAACAAAAAAUAACCUUCACAAACCUAAAUUGUGUGAUCCUCAUAACAGUCAGUUCUAUCAUUCUAGCCUUGGAUUCGAGUCACGAGAAGCCAGCAGGGCUGACAAACAAAAACUACUACAUAGGGUUCAGCUGCACCAUCGGUGCAGGUUUUUUGUUUGCUUUGUAUUUGCCAGUGAUGGAGAAGAUCUAUCAGAAGGUGAACUGCUACCAAAUGGUGAUGGAAAUGCAGCUGAUAAUGGAGAUUGCAGCAACAGUAUUGGCCACUAUAGGCAUGGCAUGUGAGGGAGGGUUUUCUGACAUGAAAAAAGAGGCCGAGAGCGUUUUCGACAAAGGAACCGCAGCUUAUUGGGUAACCAUUUUGUCGACUGUGGUGACAUGGCAAUGUUGCUUUAUGGGAACUGCAGGAAUGGUUUUUCUGACAUCUUCUCUAACUGGGGGGAUUUGUUCCACGACUUUGUUGUCCAUAAAUGUGUUGGGAGGAGUGGUGGUUUAUAAAGAUACCUUUGGAGGUUUCAAGGCUGUCUCAACUGUUUUGUGCAUUUGGGGCUUCUGCUCUUAUGUCUUUGGCAUGUACAUCAAAACGAAGCAAAAGAAGAUUGUAAGGAAGAACAGCAGCAGUACUGGAUCUUCCACUGAGUUGAUCCCUAGAAGAAACUCUGAUGGAAUCUAGUUCGACAGUACACUUUGGAUAAAAAUCAUCACUUUCAACGGUGUUACCUAGUUUGUUUGGCCGAGUCUUAAAUUUGUUGCAGAAUUUGUGGAUGUUUGUUAUUUUUCAAUCGUAUUUGAGUUUGUACGUUUAUUUUUCAAUCGUAUUUGAGUUUGUACGUUUAUUUUUCA